AUGAAUAAUCCUCUGCUCCUAGCUCUAGCUCUAGCUUUUGCCCUGCCCUUCUUCUCGUCUCUUCUUAGCCUUUCUCACCCGCUAGAUCCUCUCACCCCAAACGAAAUAAACCAAAUACAACAUAUCAUCCAAAAUUCCAAUCUUGGCAGCCUCCCGAAUCUCACUUUCCAUUUCGUUGACAUUGCAGAACCCGACAAAUCCGAUGUCAUCAGGUGGCUCGACUCGAAAUCCCAACCCAAACCCACCAAGAUCAAACCUCCGGCUCGACAGGCCAAGGCCGUGGUUCGAGCGGGAGGCAAGACCUACGAGCUCGUACUCGACCUGGCCACGAACUCCAUUGUCUCUAACCACGUCUACACCGGCCAUGGCUACCCUCCUCUGUCUUUCAUGGAGUUGUUCCAGGCGAGCAAGCUUCCACUGAAGUACUCGAAAUUCAUCGAUUCGAUCGUUUCGAGGGGCCUGAACAUAUCAGAAGUCUCCUGCAUCCCGAUGACCGCGGGAUGGUACGGAGAAACCGUUACCACCCGCAUACUAAGAGUCAACUGCUUCUACCGAGGAGGAUCGGUCAACGUCUUCGCCAGGCCGAUCGAAGGGAUCAACCUCCUCGUCGACGUCGACACGAUGAGGAUCACAAGCUACUCCGACAGGUUCAGAGCUCCCCUGCCCAAAUCCGAAGGCACCGACUUCCGAUCGAAGAAAUUCGCCGAAAACUCCAUCAUCACGUACAACAUCUCCGGUCCCGGGUUCAAAAUCGACGGCCACAACGUUCGAUGGGCGAAUUGGGAAUUUCACCUGUCGUUCGAUGCGCGAGCCGGCGUCACGAUAUCGACGGCUUCGGUGCUCGAUCCGGUGACCAAGAAUUUUCGGAUGGUUUUAUACAGAGGCCACGUAUCCGAGACAUUUGUGCCGUACAUGGACCCGACUACAGAGUGGUACUACAGGACAUUCAUGGACAUCGGGGAGUUCGGGUUCGGCCGAAGUGCCGACACGCUUCAGCCGGCGAUCGAUUGCCCUGCCAGUGCCCUGUUUCUUGAUGGGUAUGUCGCCGGAGGAGACGGGAAGGCGCAGAAAAUGGCGAAUGUGAUCUGCGUUUUCGAGCGGUAUAGUGGUGAUGUGGGGAUGAGACAUACCGAGAUCAAUGUCCCUGGCAGAGUGAUCAGAAGUGGGGAGCCGGAGAUUAGCCUGGUUGUCAGAAUGGUGGCCACAGUUGGAAACUAUGAUUAUAUUCUUGACUGGGAGUUCAAGCAAAGCGGCUCGAUCAAAGUCGGGGUGGACCUGACAGGAAUCCUGGAGAUGAAGGCAACAGAGCAGAUCUAUAGCGACGGGAAAACGGGAAACACGUACGGAACUCUAGUGACGGAAAACGCCGUCGCUGUUAAUCACGACCAUUUCCUAACUUACUAUCUGGACCUGGACGUGGACGGUAACAGAAACUCGUUCGUGAAAGCCAAGCUACAAACGGCAAGAGUCCCUCCGUCAGCUAACCCGCCGUCUCCGAGAAGAAGUUACUGGACGGUCGUUAAGGAAACGGCGAAAACCGAAUCCCAAGGGAGAGUUCGGGUUGGAGCGGAGCCGGCUGAGUUGUUGGUUGUGAACCCGAAUAAGCGAACCAGGCUGGGAAACCAAAUUGGGUAUCGGUUGAUUACCGGUCAGCCGGUUAGCUCUCUGUUGAGCGAUUAUGAUUACCCGCAGAUUCGCGCUGGCUACACGAAGUAUCAGGUCUGGGUAACCGCUUAUAACAAGUCGGAGCGAUGGGCGGGUGGGUUUUACGCGGACCGGAGCAGAGGGGAAGACGGGUUGUCGAUUUGGGCCUGGAAGAAUCGGGCGAUUGAGAACCGGGAUAUAGUGGUUUGGUACACGGUUGGGUUACAUCACAACCCGUGCCAGGAAGAUUUCCCGAUCAUGUCGACGAUCCAUGACGGAUUUGAACUCCGACCCGCUAAUUUCUUUGAACGAAACCCGAUGUUCAAACAAGAUUAA